AUGAGAUGAUGACAGAUGAGUAAUCUCUAUAUAUAUAUACUCACUAUCUCUCUCUCUCUCUCUCGGAGUCUCUUCACUUUGAUAACUUUCCCUAGUGUUCUUCGCCUCCUCCUACUCUUCUAAAAUCUCUCUCUCUCUCGCUUUUUUUUUCCCUGAUCGAUCGGAGUGCUUUGUCUUCGUUCAUUCAUCUGCCCUAAGUUUUUCUCAAAUUCGGUGACGGAAUCAUCUUUUACUUGUUCCAAUUUCAGACGAAGAAGUUGUCUUCUUACUUUUGGAAAUAAAAUCGCCUUCCUGAUUUUGUUACUUUUGUUUAUAAUAAUUUAUAUAUAUAUAUAUCCUGAAUCGAAUUUUCGAAACGGACCCUAGGGUUUUUAUCGGAAUCGAUUGCGCUUACUUAAGAGUUAAAAAGAGCCGCUUUGUGUUGUCGAUUUUUUUUUGAAUUGAUUCGAGGUGUUUGAAAGGGAACAAGGUAGGGUUUUCUCUUCUCGUGCUUCGAUCAUGGAUAUUGACGGAGUAGACGAUGCUCGUAUUUUAUUAGAUCCCGAGCUCUUGCAGCAGCAGCUCCCUGGUUUGUCUUCUUCUCCUCCCCUCAAAGCUAGCUCUCUUAUUGCUCACGAACUCUUCUCCCAAUGGCUCUCCCUCCCAGCCACUGCCACUUUGGUCAAGUCUUUGAUUGAUGAUGCUAAAUCUGCAACACCAGCUAAUAAUGUUUCCAAUAUCAAUGUUUCUGCUGCAAGUGCUUUGCCAUCUGUGUUUCUCAGCAGUACCACUCCCCCACUUUCUCCACGAAGCUCCUCCUCCUCUGGUUCCCCUCGUUUCUCUAGGCAAAGGACUACUACCUCUCCAUCUCUUCAGUCUCCUCUCGGUUCACUCAAGGAAUCAAAGCCCGAACUCAUUCCUCAGUUCUACUACCAACACGGACGUCCCCCAGCAAAAGAAUUAAAAGAGCAAUGUAUAUCCAUGGUUGAUCAAGUUUUUAGCAACUAUAUUGAUGGACUACGUGUGGAUGAAUUCAAAUCCAUUACGAAAGAAGUCUGCAAGCUGCCUUCUAUUCUUUCUCCUGCACUUUUCACAAAGAUAGAUCCCAAUUCAACUGGCAUAGUUACAAGGGAUGCAUUUAUCAAGUAUUGGAUUGAUGGAAAUAUGUUGACUAUGGACACAGCCUCCCAGAUAUAUCACAUACUAAGGCAGCAGGGCAGCAACUACCUCAGACAGGACGACUUCAAACCAGUACUUGAUGAGCUUCUGGGAACACAUCCUGGGUUAGAAUUUCUGAGGAAUUCAAGCGAAUUUCAAGGAAGAUAUGCUGAGACUGUCAUCUACAGAAUAUUUUACUACAUUAACAGAUCGGGAACUGGUCGCCUUACUCUUAGAGAGCUGAAACGUGGAAAUCUUAUUGCUGCUAUGCAACAACUCGAUGAAGAGGACGACAUCAAUAAAAUUAUUAGGUACUUCUCCUAUGAGCACUUCUACGUCAUAUACUGCAAAUUUUGGGAACUUGAUGGUGACCAUGAUUGCUUUAUUGAUAAGGAUAAUCUCAUCAAAUAUGGUAAUCAUGCCCUUACCUAUAGGAUUGUUGAUAGAAUAUUUUCACAGGUUCCUAGGAAGUUUACGAGCAAAGUUGAAGGGAAGAUGAGUUAUGAAGAUUUUGUAUACUUCAUUCUCGCCGAGGAAGACAAGUCUUCUGAGCCUAGUCUUGAGUAUUGGUUCAAGUGCAUAGACUUGGAUGGAAACGGGGUGAUCACGCGAAACGAAAUGCAUUUUUUUUUCGAAGAGCAACUGCAUCGCAUGGAAUGCAUAACCCAGGAACCUGUUCUCUUCAAGGAUAUCCUAUGUCAAAUAAUUGACAUGAUUGGACCAGAGGAGGAAAACUGCAUCACCCUCCAGGAUCUGAAAGGAUCCAAACUUUCAGGAAACGUAUUCAAUAUACUCUUCAACCUCAAUAAAUUCAUGGCAUUUGAGACACGUGACCCCUUUCUGAUUCGCCAGGAACGGGAGGAACCAAAUUUGACAGAAUGGGAUCGAUUUGCUCAGAGAGAGUAUUUGAGGUUGUCAAUGGAGGAAGAUGUAGAGGAAGUCUCAAACGGAAGUCCAGAUGUAUGGGAAGAACCACUUGAACCUCAAUUUUAGUUCACACUGCGUCUGAGCUCCUACCCACAAACGUAUAUCCAUGAUCAGAGAUUUGUUGGUUACUGUUGUUUCCAGACGCUCAUGGCAGUAGAUUCAUCAUCAAUUAUCCCCAAGGAGUCUGUCUGUCAAUUUCAUGAAAUUUUGACAUUUUUGUUUCGGCUUCAUAUCAAUCAGGUUGGGCCUCUCUCCCUCUUUUAUAUCAGCCUGUGUCCGUAUACAGUAGUAUAUUAUUUGUUGGAUGGUCUUAAAAUGAGAAAAUCAAAGGAAAAUGUACAAAAGUAUUCUGGACUCUUUUAAUUGUUCUCAAGUUGGUUUGGACUUGGGAGUUUGAAUAGCAGAUUCGUUUGAUUCUGAA